AUGAGCGGAAAUAAGGAUAAACAAGUUUCAAGCGACGAUGCUAAUAAUGCACACGAAGAACUUGCGUCUCCAGUUAGUAGUGAUUGUGAAAUUGUGCAAAAAGGCCAAGCGAAUUUUGAAGCAAAUUUUGCUCGUAUGUCCGUCGAGGUGGGUGCUAAACCCCUGUUGGGCGGUUUUGGUCUGUCUUUUGAACCAGAGAAUGGUUUUUCGGGUAGUGCAUGUAAUGUAAGGCCGGAUGAGAAAAGGUUAAGCUCUGGCAUACUUGGUGGUGAUCAGGCAGUGCAAGCUCCUUGGUCAACUAAUAAGGCUACAACGUUUUGUGAUUUGGACAAAAGUAUUUGGAAAAAAUAUGAUAUUUUAAAGGCAAGAAACCAAUGGGAGUAUAGUGAAUGGUGCAAGGCAAGAUUGUUGUUGGAUAAGGCAUUGUUGUCAGGGGAUAUAGAGUAUGUAUAUUUGGCAAGACAAGUAGUGCUUGAAAGGGUAUAUGUGGUUAGAGUGGCAAAUAAGGAUGGUUGGUCUGUUGUAUUUAAGAUAGCAUCUAGUGACAAUGAUCCAAUGUCAGAUUUAUUUGGUGAAAGACAGGAGAAGGCAAGAUUGGCUGCACAACACUUUUUGAGAUAUAAAAGACCAAAAGUGGCUCAGGAGUAUAGUUUUAGGAGAAGUGAACUGCAUGAUAAGGUGCAGAUGUAG